AUGUAAGAGUUGUUUAGUUGUUUGAAACAGAAUUUAGGCCUUAUAGUUCUUCAAGAAAAAGCAGAUAGAAUAAAUAGAGAGGAUAUUUUAUUUGUUCAAAAUGAAAAUUAGGAAGAAUAUGUUAUGAGAAUUUUCAAUUUGUAGUCUGAUGAUGAUUAAAGCAAGAUAUGUGACUAGAAAUUAAACUAAGCUUAAAAUUUUGCAAAAUUAUUAUAAGAAUGCAACCAUGAAAACAUUCCUAAAUAUAUCGACUAAUUUUAAAUUAAAUAAUUUUACUUGAUUUUAAUGGAAUCAUUUGAUACAACUCUAUUCAAUUGGUCUUAAUAAGUGGAGAAUUUCUACUACAUUAAAAAUGACUUAUUUAUUAAAUUUUCACAAGAAUUAUUUAGCAUAGUUGAGUACAUUCAUUCAAAAAACUAUUUACUUCAAAACCUAACUCUAUAAAAUAUUUAUAUUGAUAAAAACAUGAAACUUAAAAUUUUGGAUUUUGGAGAAGGAUAGUCAAUAAUACCUUCUAUUGAAACUAAGAAAUUUUUAGCUUAAUAACCUGGCAACGAAUAUAUUUACUUACCUCCUGAGUUUUUUGACUAUUCUAAAAAACAUGAUUAAAAAAACGAAUAAGUAAAAUGGACACAGUGUGCAGAUAUAUGGAUGUUAGGUAUUUGUCUUUAUGCUCUUGCUGGGGCUGAUUUAUUUCAAAUACAAUAAUUUACUUAAGGAAAGGACUUUUUUCAAUAUAACUUAAAUAAAGUAGAUUUAGAACUAAGAAAAUUUGUGAUGAAUAUUUUAUGCUUUAAUACUAAUUAAAGACCGCAAGCUAGUUAAUUAAUUGAAAGACUUUCUAAUAUAAAUCUAAAUCAAAUUAAUGAAAGAAAAUAUCAAAUUUAAUUAAAUAAAAUUCUUAAUCAAGAAUUAAUAACUUAAAUAUAAGAAGGGAAAAAAUGCUUACACAAUAAACAAUACGAAGAAGCUCUUUAAAAAUUCAAUUAAGUUAUUGAAAAAAACUCUGAAGAUUAUGAAGUCCUUAAUUUGAUUGCACAAAUUUAUUUAUAAAAAAAUCAAUUUGAAUAGGCAGAAAUUAUAUUAAAUUAGGCAUUAAAAAUAAAUCCAGAAAAUGCUCUUUCUCUUAAGUUGCUAGGAGAUGUUAUGAAUGGAAAUUAGUAAGAAACACUUGAUUAAAUAAAUCAUUAUGAAAGAUGCAUCAAAAAUCAUCCUGAAUAUGGUGAAUUAUAUUACAAUCUUGGUAGCAUCUAAUAAAUACCUCUUGAAGAAUCUAUUUACUAUUUAGAAACAUUUAGUAAAAAGUAUCCAUAAAGUAAUAUGGGAUUAAAAAAGCUUGGUAUGAUUUAUGCAACUUAAAAAAAAGAGUAAAAAGCUUUAAAUUAAUUUAAAAAAGCCAUCGCUCUUAAUCCGUUUGACUUUGAGUGUUAAAAUUUAAUAGGAAAAAUAAAUUACGUGCUUUAAAAUAAAGAUUAAGCUAUUAAUGAUUUUAAUUUGUCUCUUACCAUAAACCCUGACUAAGCUGAACCAUAUUAUUACAAAGGUUUUUUGGAGCCUAAUAGAUCUUAAUAUAUUUCUUACUUCAAAAAAGCAUGUUUGAUAGAUCCUAAUUACUAUGAAGCUUUUGAAUAAAUAGGAAAUGAAUUAAAUUUUGAUUAAAAAUUUCUUUCAGCAAUUUAAUAUUAUAAGAAGACAAUUUAAAUUAAACCAAAUAUCAUCAAUCCUUAUUAUACACUUGCAUAUAUCUAUAGAACUCAAAUAUUAAGACCUGAUAAGGCUUUAAAGGUGUUUAAAAAACUUUAAUAAUAAUUACAUUCAGAAGAUGAUUUCCUCAUACAAUAGCUGAAGUAUGCCAAAAUGGAUGCUUGA